UUUCAUCAUCAUCAUCACAUCAGCCAUCCCUUUCUUAUCAUCGCUUUCUCUAUCAAUUUCAGUUUUAGAAAACCGCGAAACUUAUCUUUUUUUUAAUUGAAUAAGCAGAAAAUGGAUGUGAUGACUCAUUCUUCCACGUUCCUUCUGCCCGGCAACGACCACAGCUCCUCUGUUACCUACGCACUUGUCGUCCUUAACCAACGCCUUCCCAGAUUUACUCCUAUUCUCUGGGACCACGGUUCAGUAUCCCUCGUGGCUUUCUCUUUCUUUGCCAAUUGCCUGCCUCCUUGCAUGCGUGAGCGUGACAAAGUUUUUUCUUUUGGUUUUUGGCGGUGUGUAACAGCACAGGUGCGGGUGUGCGCUGAUGGAGGUGCCAAUCGGGUGUUCGACGAAAUGCCUCUCUUGUUCCCCCGCGAUGACGCUCUUGAUGUUCGACACAGGUACAAGCCAGACAUAAUCAAAGGGGACAUGGACUCAAUUCGGACAGAAGUACUGGACUUCUAUACCAACUUGGGGACCAAGGUAGUUGAUGAAUCUCAUGAUCAGGAUACCACAGAUCUACACAAGUGUGUGGCCUACAUUCGAGACUUCGCACCAAACUUGGAUAAAUCGAAUCUCUGCAUUCUUGUAGCUGGAGCACUUGGUGGGCGAUUUGACCAUGAGGCUGGAAACAUUAACGUGCUAUAUCGUUUCUCAACCACGCGAAUAAUCCUUUUAUCAGAUGAUUGCCUAAUCUACUUACUUCCAAGGACUCACUGUCAUGAGAUUCAUAUUCAAUCUUCUGUCGAGGGUCCGCAUUGCGGACUCAUUCCCAUAGGGAUGACAUCUGUGAGCACUACAACAACGGGGCUUCAAUGGGAUCUCACUAACACGGAAAUGAGGUUUGGUGAUCUGGUAAGCACAUCAAACUUAGUCCAAGGUGAAAAGAUAACAGUGCAGUCCAGUUCUGAUCUUCUUUGGACGAUAUCCAUCAAGAAGGUGUGAUUGCAAGCCCUCUUCAAUUAAAGAACUAUAAAGUGAGUUGUAGGUAAUUCUCUCUUUGUUCAUAUCAAAUUACAAUUGGGAGGGAAUGUUAUAUUUUAGGCAGUAUUAGCAUUCUUUUCCGCAGUUACUUGGAAAUCCUGCCUCAAGCCCUAUUAGGCUUCUCCUAUUGUUGAACUUUUCCUUCAGCUGUUUGCAUCAUGACAAGGAGGAAGUAAUUGGAAGACAUUUGCUGACGUGAGGUUUUCAUUGAUCUCCUUCAACACUUUAUCCAGUGGUGACUAGACGUACAUUCACAAGGUGACUUGCUGCAUAGAUUUUAAUGAUACAACCGAAGUCAACUUCUCCACUUCACCGGAAAUGUUGAGUCAGAAAAGGGAAUGUUGAGAAGACCAGAAAUCUACUUCACCGGAAAUGUUACUCUCGGGACGGCAUUUCUUUCUUCAAUAAAAUCCUAAAUGCACCCACACAUUAGGCAACAAUCUCUGAUACAAACUACAAAAGCCAAGGAAAGAACAAAAUCAAUCAAUCAAUCUUUCAAGGUGAAUCCACAUGAGAGUAAAAUACGUUUCCGAGAGGCUGCGCCUGGACAAAAACACCACAUUAAUCCCUGUGGUUUUAAGAUGAUUCUAUUGAGCGUCUUCACAAGGGCAAAAUGCCAUGAACUAACUGCUAAAUGUAGAAAAUUACCGACCAAUAAUAUAUAGCAUCUAUGGGUUUUCUAGCCUCUCUGUGGCGAAAUGCAUCUGUGGGUUCUCACAUGGGUCUUCUAUUACUACGUUUAUAAACUAGAGGGCUCUCAUAUCUGACUGUUCUCUUUCUGUAACAGCAUCGCCAUUUCCAAGUCAAUUAUUAUCUUAUCCUCCCUAUUACUCC